AUGGCGGAGCAAGAGGUGUCCGUGGUGCCCAGCGACUUGUUCCCUCUCGUGCUCGGUUUCCUGCUCGACAACCAGUUUCCGGAGGCGGCAAGCAUAUUUGCUAAGGCUACAAGAACCGCCCAACAGGACCCCAACACCACUUCCCUUUUGAACAUCCAUAGUUUCUGGCUCAAUAGGUCUUCCAAAACUCAGAAGCGGAAGUUGCAGGCUCACGGACCAGUGGCAAAGAAAGCUAAGAAAUCCACUGCUUCUGGUGACAGCAAUCAAAAAGGAGAGGUCAAACAGCCUCCGGCCAAGAAGCUAGCCACCAAGCCUCUUGGUACAUCCCCUCAGCCUGGGAAAUCAACCAUUCCUGCCAAAGCAGCAGAGAGUAGUAGUAGCAGUGAGGACUCCAGUGAGGAAGAAGACAAUGAAAGCCAGAAGAAAUCUUCCCAGAAGGGAUCCAAGCCCCCAGCCAAGGCAGCCAAACCUUCCCCCAAGGCAGCUCAGCCUAAGAAAGCUGAGAGCUCCAGCUCUGAUUCUGAUUCUGACUCCGAUUCUGAUUCUGACUCCUACUCCGACUGUGACUCCAGCUCAGAGGAUGAAGCUACCAAGAAACAGAAACCAAAGACUCCAGUUAAGACCCUAGUUAAGACCCCAGUCAAGGCCACAGCUAAGACUCCAGUUAAGACCCCUGCUAAGCCAGGCACAACUGCCCAGGUCACCUCCAAAUUAGCCAAUGGCAAAGCUGGUGAAAGCAGCGGUAGCAGCAGCAGCAGCAGCAGCAACUCAGAAGAGGAGGCAGCCGCUCCACCAAAAAAGGCUGUACUGAAGAAGCCAACUCCAUCUAAGACCCCUGUCAAAGCUGCCCAGAAGAGUUCCAGCAGUGAAGAUUCCCCCAGUGAGGAUGAAGAGGAAGAGAAACAGAAGAAAAAACCUGUCAAGGCCAAGCAGGGUCAGUACAGUUCUGUUUCCCCAUCCCCUUGCACCCAGCCAAAGAAGGUAGGAGGGGAUCAGCCACCCAAGAAGAAGGUGGGAGGGGACCAGCCACCCACGAAGAAGGUAGGUGACCAGCCCCCCAAGAAGAAGGAGGAAAGCAGUGACUCUUCUGAUAGCAGUGAGGACAGCAGUGAUGAAGAGGCAGCCACAGCUAAAUCAGGAGGGACCAAAGCUGCCACACCUAAGCCUGCAUCAGCCAAGGCCUCAUCAGUCAAGACUACAACAAACAAGGCCACAGAAGAGGAGUCCAGUUCAGACAGUGAUUUGGAUUCCAGCUCAGAAGAGGAAGAGAAGCCUUCUCAAAAGGCAGCCCCCAAACCUGUUGCUGUUAAGACAGCUCCCAAGCCAGCUGUGACUACAGAGACUGCUGAGAACUCUUCAGACAGCUCAGACUCAGACAGCUCUGAGGAUGAAGCACCAGCCAAGCCAGCCCCUGGCACCAAGCCGGCCACCAAUCAAAAGCUUCUGCCCAGGAAAGCAGAUAGCAGCUCUAGUGAAGACGAAAGCAGUUCUAGUGAGGAAGAGAAGAAGCCAGGGACAAAGACUGCAGCAGCUGUCCCCAAACCCAAGGUGGGGGCCAAGGGAACACCAUCUCCAGGGCCCAAAGCAGCUACCCAGGACAGCAGUUCAGACUCUGACAGCUCCAGCAUUGAAGAGGAGAAACCAGCAAGCAAAGUGAAUAAGUCCAAGGUGGGAACUACAGCUGUUCCUAAGCCUGCCUUGGCAAAAAAAUCUAAGACCAAGACUAGUUUGUCUUCUGACAGCUCCAGUGAAGAGGAGGAAAAACCAAAACCUAAAAAGAGCCCUGGCUUGGUGGCCAAUGGGUCUCGCCCUCCAGCACACCAGAAUGGGAAGACUUGUGCACGCAAGGAGGAGGAAGAGGAGGAAGAGGCAGCAGCCAAGCCAGGCUCUGGGAAGAAGAGGAAAAAGGAUGCUAGCCCUGGCCAAGAGGCCACUCCCCCUAAGGUGAAGAAACAAAAGCCUCAGACCCCAAAUACGGUUCCCAAAACAAAAAAGGGAGAGAAAAGGGUGUCCUCCCCUUUCUGGAGAGUUAAAUCAGAAGAAGUUGAGGUCGACUCUCGAGUGGCUGACAACUCCUUUGAUGCCAAGUGGGGCGCAGCUGGAGAUUGGGGAGAGAAAGCCAACGAGGUCCUGAAGUUCACCAAAGGCAAGUCCUUUCGACAUGAGAAGACCAAGAAGAAGAGGGGCAGCUACCGGGGUGGUUCCAUUUCCACCCAAGUCAACUCUGUGAAGUUUGAAAGUGACUGA